CUCAGGCUGGGGCUGCUGUGACGUCACCGGUUUCCCAGGGCUUCAUUCCUGUUGAGACGGAGUCGGAGCAGGCGAGAGGCUGCAGGAAGAGAAGCAGUAGGGAAGCCGGGGGAGGAGUACCUUGUCAGUACACUUUGCCGUCUCUCUGCUCUGGCGAAACUUAAAAGUACUCGUUUUCAAACAAUUUUGUGGCGGUGAUAAGAACGAAAAAAUAUUCAUAAACCGAAAGAGUUCUUCUGCGAAGCAACGAAGUGUCACAGAUAGCUGCUGUCCACAAUGGACGAUGGGAAGCCAGUGUGGGCACCGCAUCCAACUGAUGGUUUCCAGUUAGGUACAAUUAUAGACAUUGGAGCAGACUCACUGACAAUUGAACCCCUUAAUCAAAAGGGAAAAACCUUUCUUGCUCCCAUCAACCAAGUUUUUCCUGCUGAAGAUGACAGUGAAAAAAGCGUUGAAGAUAACUGUUCUCUUAUGUAUUUAAAUGAAGCCACACUUUUAAAUAACAUAAAAGUACGAUACAGAAAAGACCAUAUUUAUACUUAUGUAGCCAACAUCCUGAUUGCAGUGAACCCGUACUAUGACAUAAACAAACUCUACUCAUCUGAGACCAUUAAGAAGUACCAGGGCAAGUCUCUUGGUACUUUGCCCCCACAUGUCUAUGCAGUUGUUGGAGUUUUUGUUUUGUUUUGCAGGGUACCCCUGAAAGUGGAACAGGCGAAUAAUGCACGUGAUGCCUUGGCUAAAGCUGUGUACAGCCGGUUGUUUGAUCACGUGGUAAAAAGAGUGAACCAGUGCUUUCCAUUUGAGACAUCAUCUUGCUUCAUUGGAGUUUUAGACAUUGCGGGGUUUGAAUAUUUUGAACAUAAUAGUUUUGAGCAGUUCUGCAUCAAUUACUGCAAUGAAAAACUGCAACAAUUCUUCAAUGAGAGAAUUCUUAAAGAGGAACAAGAAUUAUACCAAAGGGAAGGACUUGGAGUAAAUGAAGUGCACUAUGUUGAUAACCAGGACUGUAUUGAUUUAAUUGAAGCAAAACUUGUUGGUGUACUUGACAUUUUGGAUGAAGAGAACCGUUUACCUCAACCCAGUGAUCAACAUUUCACAGAUGUUGUACACAAGAAACACAAAGAUCACUUCAGACUUACAGUUCCUAGGAAGUCUAAGCUGGCUAUUCACAGAAAUGUCAGAGAUGAUGAGGGGUUCAUUGUCCGACAUUUUGCUGGAGCAGUGUGUUACGAGACGACCCAGUUUGUUGAGAAGAAUAAUGAUGCAUUACAUAUGUCUCUGGAGUGCCUGGUGUCUGAAUCAAAGGAUAAAUUUAUGCGAGAACUUUUUGAAAACACCAACAAUAUCAAGGACUCAAAGCAAAAAGCUGGAAAGCUUGGAUUUAUUAGUGUGGGCAACAAAUUCAAGACACAAUUAAAUAUUUUGCUAGAAAAACUUCGCAGUACGGGCUCUAGCUUUAUCCGCUGUGUCAAGCCUAAUCUGAAGAUGGUAAGCCACAAGUUUGAGGGGGCACAGAUUCUUUCACAAUUGCAGUGUUCAGGAAUGGUGUCAGUGCUGGACCUAAUGCAAGGAGGAUUCCCAUCCCGAGCUCCUUUUCAUGAACUGUAUAAUAUGUAUAAGAAAUAUAUGCCAGCUAAGUUGUCAAGACUGGAUCCUAGGCUGUUUUGCAAGGCAUUAUUCAGAGCACUUGGAUUAAAUGAAAAUGAUUAUAAAUUUGGUUUAACAAGAGUAUUCUUUCGUCCUGGCAAGUUUGCAGAAUUUGAUCAAAUUAUGAAGUCAGACCCUGAUCAUCUGGCAGAUCUUGUAGAACGUGUCAAUAAGUGGCUCAUCUGUAGUCGUUGGAAGAAAGUACAGUGGUGUGCCCUUUCAGUCAUCAAAUUGAAAAACAAGAUGAAAUAUCGAGCAGAUGCAUGUAUUAAGAUGCAGAAAACAGUCCGCAUGUGGCUUUGCAGGAAAAAACAUAAGCCUCGCAUUGAUGGUCUGGUAAAGGUAAAGACUUUAUUGAAGAGAAUACAUGAGUUUAAUGAAGUUGUGAACACACUGAAGGAAGGAAAGCAAGAGAUGAGUAAGCAGGUUCAAGAUAUGGAUGUUUCAAUCAGUCAGCUAAUGGCUAAAAUCAAGGGUUCUGAAAUGACAAGGUGGGAUAUUGAUAAGGAGUAUGAGGCACUGGUAAAGCGAUCAGGACAACUACUUACAGCACUGCAGAAAAAGAAACAAGAGGAGGAAGAGGUAGAGCGCUUACGGCGCAUUCAAGAAGAAAUGGACCGUGAAAGGAAGAGACGUGAGGAAGAGGAGCUGCGGCGCAAACAGGAAGAGGAAGAGAGACGUCUAAAAGCAGAAAUAGAGUUAAAACGAAGACAAGAAGAAGAGGAACGUAAGAAGAGAGAAGAAGAAGAGAAACGACUUCAGGCUGAAAUGGAAAUACAGCUAGCUGCUGAGAGGGAGGAGGAAGUUCAGAGACAAGCCAUUUUGGAACAAGAGCGUCGUGACAGGGAAUUGGCAAUGCGUAUUGCUCAGAGUGAAGCUGAACUCAUCAGUGACGAGACUCUGUCAGAUUCUGGAUUGAGAAGUAGUGACAUAGCAAAUGUUACUCCACUUUCAGUGAAGUCAAAUGCUGCUGGCCCACAAACAAAACUUACAAUGGAUCAAAUGGCCAAAGAAAUGUCUGAGCUCCUGGCUAGGGGCCCACAAGUGCAAGCAAACAAGGCUACAGUUGGAAGUAAGAAGUAUGAGCUAAGCAAAUGGAAGUAUGCAGAGCUUCGAGAUGCCAUAAACACUUCAUGUGAUAUUGAACUUCUGGCAGCCUGCAGAGAAGAGUUUCACAGAAGGCUUAAAGUUUACCAUGCGUGGAAAUCAAAGAAUAAAAAACGCAAUGCUGAAACUGAGCAAAGAGCUCCUAAAUCAGUAACUGAUUAUGAUCAUGCACCUUUUUUGAAAAAUACAUCUCAACAAAAUCCAGCUCCACCAUUACCAGCCCGUCACCAAGAAAUUGCCAUGAACCGUCAGCAGAGAUACUUCCGCAUCCCAUUCAUUCGCCCUGCUGAUCAAUAUAAAGACCCUCAGAACAAGAAGAAAGGAUGGUGGUAUGCCCAUUUUGAUGGGCCGUGGAUUGCACGUCAGAUGGAGUUACAUCCAGACAAGCAGCCAAUAUUGCUUGUAGCUGGAAAAGAUGAUAUGGAGAUGUGUGAGCUAAGCCUGGAAGAAACUGGCCUUACUAGAAAACGUGGAGCUGAAAUCUUGCCGAGACAGUUUGAAGAAAUCUGGGAACGUUGUGGUGGAAUCCAGUACCUCCGAAGUGCAAUUGAAAAGAAGCAGGCGAAACCGACAUACGCCACUGCCAUGUUGCAGAGCCUUCUGCAAUAAGCCUGUCACUUUUUUGUUCUUUAAUCUUAAAAGGAGCUGAAACAAUUUGUAGGAUAAAGGGAAAAUUGCACUCCAAUAAGGGAGCAGCUAAAGUUAAAUGUAAUCAAACUGGGACAUUCCUACAUUAGAUUGAAAGAUUACUGAUUUUUUUUUUUUUUGGUGGUUUCAUGGAAAAUUUUUAGUUCUAUUUUUGAAAUGUAAUUUUUGCAGUGAGAAAGCACUCUUCAAUAAAUUAAAUACAUUAAUCUUUGCUAUUAAUUACUUUUUUAAUUCAAGUUCUAUUCUAUUAAGGCAGCUGUUAAUGUACAAACAUGAUCCAAAAACCAUAGCUGUUUAAAGAAAAGUCUUAUUUUUCCAAGGGAUUUAUAUAAUUUUAAUCAAAGCAUUAAUAAUAAAUAUUUGUAAAGUAAUCUUUAAUAAUCAGAUUUGAUCACAUCUGUGUAAAAUUAUACAUUUGUGUUCUGUCAAUGUUAUUCAUUGUUAGUACAUGCCUUUUUUAUUUGUUUACCCUCAGUCGAAGGGUACAUUUAACACAAUAAUGAUCAAAGUGACAACUUAUUUCAAUUUUAGACAGAUGAGAAGGGAUUUUCUGGAAAACAAAAUGUUGCAGAGCUUGUUUACAGUACUCACUGGCCUUGACUUUUUAACAUGUGGGGAAAAAAACUAUUCAUGUAAUGGAUAUUGAAAAUUACAUGUAUUCUGUAUGUGUUAAUUAUUUUAGUUAGCCAUUCGUUACAGUGCGCUGCACAAUAAUGUAUUUUUUGGCAAAAUAAAAAAACGCUGCCCCUUCUGGA